GCGGAGGGGGCGUCUGGGUUGGCUAAACAUUAAAGAAGUCAGAGACCAUGCAGUGACUGCUGAUCUCUGUUUUUGUUUUCUUUUCCUCCCAGUGAAAGAGGGGUGGAGUUUGUGUUUGGAAUGAAUGUGUGGGUUCCGAGAGGUGUCGUUUUUGCCCUUUCUAGCCGAGAGAACUGUUCUGAGGGAUCAACCAGUAUAGUCAGCAUCAGCUCGAUUGGGGGUGAUGGUUUCGUAGCAGAAAAAGCGCUCUGCAACGAUCAUGAGUUGUCUUGGUCAUUACCCAAGGUCUGAUCUUAAAAUAUAUGGAGGUACUGUAGACUCCUUAGGUCAAUGGACGUCGGGCUCCGUCCUCCAAAAAGACUCGUGCGAUCCGAGGAACAUCCAACUGGGACCUGGGCUCAAUGUGGCCAGGGUGCCUGUGAACGGUCGGAACUUCGAGUAUCUCUCAGGCGAAGACCCUUACCUGGGCUACCGGAUGGUGCAGCCGGUGGUGAAGGGCAUUCAAUCACAGAAGGUCUUGGCGAACGCCAAGCAUUUCAUCCUCAACAACCAGGAGACCAAUCGUGGAGCAGUGAGCGCCGAGACGGAUGAGCGGACACGGUUUGAAGUCUACUAUCCGCCCUUCGAGGGGGCGAUUGAGGCUGGUGUGGCCUCUGUGAUGUGCAGUUACAACAAGAUCAACAACGUCUACAGCUGCGAGAACCCCACCACGCUCCGGGAGCUCCGGUCUCUGGGCUUUGAAGGCUUCGUGAUGUCGGACUGGGGCGCGGCGCAUUCCACCUCCAUCGCCGCCGGCUUGGACGUGGAGCAGCCAGGACAAGACUGGAUGAACGCCGAGCUCCUGGAAGCGGCGCUGAAGUCCGGGGCCGUGAAGGAGGCGCAGGUGGACGAUUCGGUGCGGCGGAUUUUGACGCAGCUCUAUGCCAUUGGAGUGAUGGAUGAGCCGUUGGGCACGUGGGACUGGCGCAACCGCCUGCGCAACGUGACCACAGCCGCCUCGGUCGCGUCGGCGCGAAAGCUCAGCGGCUUGGGCACGGUGCUGCUGCGCAACGAGGGACAGCUGUUGCCCUUGCGAAAGACUGGCCAGCGCGUUGCAGUCAUCGGCCUGGCGGAUGAGAAGGCCAUUUAUCAUGCUGGUGGGUCUGGUAGCGUGGAGCCCUCGUUUGUGUCAACGCCCUUGCAGGGCAUCACCGAUGCAGCGAAAGCCUUAGGGAGCCAGGUCACCUUCGAUGAUGGCAGCUGCGCCCUGCGCGCGGCAGCCUUGGCGAAGACGAGCGAUGUGGUCUUGGUCUUCGUGGGGACUCUGUCGGCGGAAGGCAGCGACCGUGGUUCCUUGUCGCUGGACGUGGGCGUUGACUGGCACAGCCAGAACGCGCUCGUCGCCGCGGUGGCCUUGGCUGCUGGUGCCAAGACGGCCGUCGUGGUGACCACGCCCGGGGCGGUGCUGCUGCCGUGGUCGAGGGAGGUGGCGGCCAUUGUGUCGAACUUUAUGCCCGGCCAGCAAGCAGGCAAUGCGAUUGCGGACAUUUUGUUCGGCCACGUGAACCCAUCUGGGAAGCUGCCUCUGACGUUUCCGAACCACGACAACGAGACAGACUUCUCUCCGGCGCAAUAUCCUGGACUCCCCAAUCCAAGGGUUCCGUUUUACGCCUUCUACACCGAGAGGCUGCUCGUGGGAUAUCGCUACUACGAGCAUCACAACAUCAGCUUUACCACAGGUUUUCCCUUUGGACAUGGCCUGUCAUACACCAGCUUUGAGUACUCCCAGCUCGACAUCCAAGGAACCUUGGGCGGCAUGAAGGUGAGCUUCCUCGUGCGAAACACGGGUUCUCUCCCAGGUUCCGAGGUGGCGCAGCUCUAUCUGUACUUCCCGGAGGCCGCCGGCGAGCCGCUGCAGCUGAAGGGCUUUCAGAAGACCUCCACGCUGGCGCCCGGAAGCGCUCAGGAGGUCUCCCUGCUCCUGCGGCCGCGCGAGCUGUCGAUUUGGAACAAUGGAGAGCAUAGGUGGAUGCCCGUGGAUGGCCGAUUCCAAGUGAGGAUCGGGUCAUCUUCCAGAGACAUUCGCAUCAAAGGUGAGUUUUUCUAUGGGACGCAGGCCUUCGUGUAGCGUCCUGUCGAGUGUUCACCAAGACCUAAUGAAGCUUCUCCCGCAUUUGGCACGUGGAGAAAAUCAAGUCCGGUCUUUGGCUGCUCUCUCCAAGUCUUGUUGGUUGUGUUGCUUCCGACCAGUGGCAGAGGUUGGCGUGCUGAUGUUUACUGAGUCAUUGGCUGAGUAGACUUGGGAUAUCGCUGAUAAUACUGAGUCAUUGAACCAACAAGCUGAAAACGCUUGUCAUGACUUGAGUAGACUGAGUAGACUGACAUCCCUUCAUCCCUUUUUCAUGCCGAUGCCUUCGGUUUCUUGACAACGCCCCAGGCGCCGGACUGUUGGACGUUUCUGUGGUUUUUUUCCUUCACCGUUGUUCUUCGUGGUCCUCCCGUUUGACCCCGGCCUCCCCAGCCCGGGGUCGAACAUUC